CCCACCCCCCAUCACCCUCUCCGCAACGGCAAACAGUACAAUGUAGCUCACCACCGUGAGAAGCUUGUCUUGAUCGCUCAGCUAAUCCUGCAGUAUCCCUGCGAUUGCAGGUUGUACAGCAUGACUGAAGCCAACCCAGAUCCGAGGCCUCUAGUCGCAUCGAAGAGAGUGUGGACUACCCUCAUCACGAACACGGCUUACCUCACCGGCCUGCUUACGCUCGACCACAGCCUCAAGAAACACAAGUCUGCAUACCCGCUCGUCGCCCUUUACACCGACACGUUCCCACCCGAAGGCCACAAAGCGCUCGACAUUCGUGGCAUUCCCAAGAAACAUGUUCGCUACCUGUUGCCUAAGGUGCACAAGGACUUUACCAAUGAUCCGCGCUUCUACGACUGUUGGAGCAAGCUGACGCCCUUCUCGCUCGUCGAGUAUGACCGGGUUGUCCAGUUGGACAGUGAUAUGAUGGUGCUGCGGAACAUGGACGAGCUGAUGGAAAUGGAGCUAGACCCGCCGAGAAUGGGGGGCAAGGGCAACAGGGUGUUUGCGGCGAGCCAUGCCUGUGUCUGUAACCCGCUGAAAAAGCCGCACUAUCCGAGAGACUGGAUUCCAGAGAAAUGUGCUUUCACCUUACAACACGGUACCCCUGAUGAAGCGCAGACACAAGGCGCAUCUCCUUCGUUCGGCCUCGGGAUACCCAACGGCGGACUCCAGGUCGUUAACCCGUCGAACGAGGUCUACCGGCUCAUCGAGGAGAAGUUGUCGGAGGAAUCGACGCUAGACUAUGACUUUGCGGAUCAAUCGCUCCUGGGCGACGUGUUCUCUGGGCGAUGGGUAGCUCUCCCAUAUACGUACAACGCGUUGAAGACAUUGCGAUGGGAGGGAGUGCACCACCAGAUAUGGCGGGACCAUGAAGUAAAGAACAUCCACUAUAUCCUGAGCCCGAAGCCGUGGGAUGAGAAGCCUGGCGAACACGCCGAAGAGUCUCACGAGUGGUGGUGGAAGACGAACCUGGAACGUCUUUCAGUGGAGAGGAGUGGAGGCAUUUACGACAGAUUUUGAUAGUUGACGCUGUGCGUGAGCGAGGCUUAAUUAGAUCAGAUUUCACCACACACAGGAGGCACCUGCUCCAAUAGUUCAACACUAAACAAUUGGCACCUGAUGAGCGGGUCCUCAUUUGGGCGAUGUGUGAUGCCGCCGUCAGGAGUAGUUUCGCGCGUACCUGCAUGCAUGUUAGAUUGCUGGUGGUGGCGGGCAACGUUGCACGGCUGAUUUGCGAUAGGUAAAGCGCGGAGACCGCAUGUGUAGAGG